CCAAUCUACUUCAAAGUAUUUCAUCAAUGGCACCAGCCAACUUCCUUCUUGUUUUCCUUCUUUUAUCUCCCCUUCAAGUUUUCUCAGGGAGAAUUGCUUUAGAAAAUCAAAAUAACACCCCUGAGGCAAUGAUAUUUGAAGCCUGUGACAAAAUCGAGAAUCAGAACGCAUGUUUAUCGAACUUACAUUCCCGGCUCGAAGACGGUGCUGGUCGCCGUACGCCAACCUCAGUUUUCCAAGCCGCCCUCGAGAACACGCUCGAUGAAGCCCGAUCAGCCUUUGACACGCUUACAAAAGUCACCAGUUUAUCGAUAAGUUAUCGCGAACAAAUAGCCAUCGACGACUGCAAGGAGCUCCUUGAUUUCUCGGUUUCUGAAUUGGCAUGGUCAUUAGAUGAAAUGAAAAGGGUUCGAGUUGGUUACAAGAAUGACCACUCUGAAGGAAACCUAAAGGCUUGGCUAAGUGCAGCACUAAGCAACCAAGAUACAUGCCUUGAAGGGUUCGAAGGUACCGACCGGCACCUAGAAAACUUCGUAAGGGGAAGUCUGAAACAAGUAACACAACUCAUUGGUAAUGUCUUAACUUUGUAUACUCAAAUGCAUAGUCUACCUUUCAAGCCACCUAGAAAUAGUACGGCUACAGAACACGAAACCACGGAUUUCCCCAGGUGGAUGACGGAUGGCGAUAAGGAGCUUCUUGUUUCCAGGCCAAACGGAAUACACGCAGAUGCAAUAGUGGCUUUGGAUGGAACGGGGCGUUAUCGUUCAAUAAAUCAAGCUGUUUUUGACGCUCCAAGUUACAGUAAUAGGAGGUAUGUUAUCUAUGUGAAGAAGGGAGUUUACAAGGAGAAUAUCGAUAUGAAGAAGAAGAAGACGAAUAUCAUGCUUGUAGGUGAUGGAAUAGGGGCAACUGUCAUAACUGGUAGUCGUAAUUUCAUGCAAGGAUGGACUUCAUUUCGGACGGCUACUGUUGCUGUUUCUGGCAAGGGAUUUAUCGCAAGGGAUAUAACAAUUCGUAACACAGCCGGGCCUCAAAACCACCAGGCAGUGGCACUGCGUGUAGAUUCUGACCAGUCGGCCUUCUACCGAUGCAGCAUGGAGGGAUACCAAGACACUCUUUAUGCCCACUCUCUACGCCAAUUUUAUCGCGAAUGCAGCGUCUAUGGAACCAUAGACUUCAUUUUUGGCAAUGGUGCUGCUGUCCUUCAAAACUGCAAGAUUUUCACAAGGGAACCGUUGCCAUUACAAAAGGUGACAAUCACAGCACAAGGCAGAAAAGAUCCUCAUCAAAGCACUGGAUUUUCAAUCCAAGAUAGCUACGUUUACGCCACCAAGCCAGCUUAUUUAGGCAGGCCCUGGAAACAAUAUUCCAGGACAGUUUUCAUGAGGACUUAUAUGAGUGCGCAGGUGCAGCCCAGAGGGUGGCUUGAAUGGUAUGGGAAUUUCGCAUUGAGUACUUUGUGGUAUGGUGAAUACAAAAACUACGGCCCCGGGGCAUUGACUUCAGGCCGUAUCCGGUGGCCGGGAUAUCAUAUAAUUACCGAUGCUUCUGUGGCCAGUUUUUUCACUGUUAGACGAUUCAUUGAUGGACUGUCAUGGCUGCCGGCCACUGGUAUCAAGUUUUCCUCUGGCUUAACAAAUUAACCCCCUAAUUUGAUAUGAAAGUUGCUGAUAUUGUAUUCAUUAUACUUAAAGUGAUUUAUAUACAUAUGAUCAUAAGACAUUUUAUCGUAGAAAUGGUAAUUUAAAUGCAAGUUUAAUUUUUCUGUC